AAAAAAUAGUAGUAUAAUUGUCCCCCGUCCAGAGAGAGAGAGAGAGAGAGAAAGUGAGAAGAAAGGCUCCUUUGUCUCGGACAAACAAAAAGAAAUCAAAGCUAAGAAAGUCUCUCACAAAGCCGCCUUCGGUGGUUCUCUUCCAGAGAAAGAAAGGCUCGAAGUCACCUUUUUUGUUUGUUUGCAGAGAGGAAGAGUAGGAAUAACUAAUCACCGGUGGAAUCUCAGCCGUUGAAUUAGAUCGGUGGAUAUAUAUAUAGAGAGAGAGAGAGAGAGUUGUGGGCUAAAUAAUUAGUAGUAAGUAGAUUUCUUGGGUCAAAAUGAAGUUUUGAUAUUUUUCUGGGGAAGAGAGAAAAGGUUUUGGUGGAAAAAAAGGUUUCUUAGGAAAAGCUGAUUGACUGACUUCCUUCUUUGGUUAGUUGAGUAAUAGUUUGGGGACAUGGCACCGGUUGAAUUAGAGAACUCAUCAACGGUUUCAGGGGAUGCAAGCGGCGUCUCCUCCACCGGAAACCUAAACCCACCUCCCAAGAAGAAACGUAACCUCCCCGGAAUGCCUGAUCCAGGGGCGGAAGUGAUAGCUUUGUCACCAAAAACACUUAUGGCAACGAACCGAUUCGUCUGCGAAAUCUGCAACAAAGGCUUUCAACGCGACCAGAACCUCCAGCUCCACCGCCGCGGUCACAACCUCCCCUGGAAGCUUCGUCAGAGAUCCGCCAAAGACGCUGUGAGGAAGAAAGUCUACGUCUGUCCUGUCUCCGCCUGCGUUCACCACGACCCUUCACGUGCUCUCGGCGAUCUCACCGGCAUCAAGAAACACUUUUGUCGGAAACACGGCGAGAAGAAGUACAAGUGCGAUAAAUGCUCCAAGAAGUAUGCUGUUCACUCCGAUUGGAAAGCUCAUUCCAAGAUUUGCGGCACCAAGGAGUAUCGUUGCGACUGUGGAACCCUCUUCUCCAGGAAAGAUAGCUUCAUUACCCACAGAGCUUUCUGUGAUGUCUUGGCUGAAGAGAGUGCCAAGAAUCAAACCAAUAAACUUUAUCCUCAACCUGAGCUCAAAUCUCCACCAGCGGCCGCCGCUCCUCUUACUCCACCGAAUGUUUCUGCUGAGACCGAGCCUGUCAAAAUCGCUUCUCCCUCGGUUCGGAGUUCUUCAGAAUCUCCCAACCCUCUUGAAGUCAUCAUGGAAGAAGCUCCAAGAACAAUCGGUUUCAACGUGAGCUCAUCGGUUAUAAGCGAUGAUGAUCGUAGUGGUAACAACAACUGCACUCCAAGAACCAUCGGUUUCAACGUGACCUCAUCGGGUCUAAGCGGUGAUCAUACUAGUAACAACAACAACAACAAUGGAAUAUACGCAGGCUUGUUUUCAUCGUCGACCUCUUCGCCUAGUUUAUAUGCUUCUUCAACUCCUUCCACAAGUCUAUUUGCACCACCGUCUUCCUCCAUGGAACCCAUAUCUCUCUGUCUCUCCACCAAUCCUUCUUUGUACGUUGGACCGACAACGAUACAAGAUCCACAUCCACCACCGCAUUUCCUAACCCCUCUGAGUCUUCCUCCACCUCAACCAGCAAUGUCAGCAACCGCAUUGCUCCAGAAAGCUGCCCAAAUGGGUUCCACUGGCUCAGGUGGCUCGUUACUUCGCGGGUUAGGCAUUGUGUCGAGUACUUCCUCGUCAAUGGAACUCAGCAGUCACGAUCUUGGGCUGGGAUUACUACCGCCUUGUAGCAGCGGUGGGAGCGGAGGAUCGGGGCUGAAAGAGCUAAUGAUGGGGAACUCUUGCGUGUUUGGUCCGAAACAGACGACACUCGACUUUCUUGGAUUGGGGAGAGCUGUUGGUAAUGGAAGUAGUAAUCCCGUUGGUGGAGGGUUGUCAGCUCUGUUAACAUCGAUAGGAGGUGGGGGUGGGAUGGAUGUGUUUGGGACUGCGGGGGAGUUUCCAGGCAAAGACAUUGGUAGAAGUUUGUAAGAGAGACAUGAAAGUAGAAGAGUGUAGUAUAUAUUAUAUAGUUUAUAAGUUUGUUGUAUGUUUUUGGUAUUUUUUUGUUUUGUUUUUAGUGAAAGCAGCAGCAGCAGCUCCUCUAGUGUUAAUUUUAAUCAUAAGUACAUAAAAGCUUCUAGCUAGUAAAAACAACAACAACUUGGUGUUUUAUAGA